AUGCCGUCCGCCGAGCACGACAAGGCAUUGAAGCAGUUCAUCGAGUGUUCGAUAUGCUGCAAUUUGAUGAAGGAUCCGCGAAUGUUACCUUGUGGCCAUAGAUUGUGUUUCGAAUGUUGUAAAAGUUGUUGUGAGAACGAUGGUGGAUCAACCUUGAUGUGUCCGGAAUGUCGGAGUCGUUUUGGAAUGGACGAGCUGAUCAAGGACUACUCUUUAAUGCGUAAGUUUUUUAUAUUUUGUUAGGUUUUUUAGUUGAUGUUGUUUUAAUUCAAUGGUUGUAUCCGUUUAUGUACAUGUAGUGAUCUUAUCAGAAGUAACGUAAUUUUUUAAAGAUUUUGCUGAAAAGAUGGCAAGAAUGAGUACAGAAAGCGAGCACGAAGAACCAGAGAAAGAAGAGCCAAAGGAGGAGUUUAACGAUACCUGCAGCUUGUGUAAGAAAGUGAUUCGAUCAGAUAAAGUAUAUUGUUGCCCAAAAUGCCCGAGACACGACGCCCAUUUAGUUGUAAGUUUUUUAUAUUUUUUUAUGUUUAGGAUGCUUAUUGACUUUUUAAAAUAGACUUUCGGAAAUUUAAAUCUGCCUAUAUCUACCUUAUUUUAGGAGAAGUUAUGUUCCGAGUGUGUUGCGCAGUGCCAUCAAUACCACGAUUACGUUACGAGAGAUAAAGCUCAGGCGACGGCUACCGAAAGUUUAGAAAAUGCAGAAAGUGAUCUCAGAGAUCUCAUGAGUCGAUUCUACGAGUAUAGAGACCGUUGUUACGAUAAAGGUGAUGAACUGAACGCUGUGGGUUUAUUUUAAUAUUUUUUAAGAUUUUUUGUGAUCUAUAUGUGCUAUUUUCAACAUUUAAAACGAUUUGUCGAAAAUUUUUAAAAAUUUUUUCUUUUAGUUAUUGACCGAUCUCCACGAACGAUGUAAAAACUCUCAAGAUAUAGUGAAGAACGACUUCAAAGCCGAACAAAUCGAACACAUUGACAACUUCAAGGCUUGUCUGGCUAGUUUGGCAACUGAGAUAUCAGAAUUCUUUAAUUCGUCAGAAGAGAAAUGGAGACAGAUAUGUGAUAAGACCAGAGCAUUAAUGCUCUCUAAAUUUGGUCCUACGACUUCGUCUGGAUUGAAUAGCAGCCAAGGAUCGACCACUAACUUGAAUAGUGCUGGAACUUCGGUUGGGACGGUCGCACCGCCUCACAAUGUGUAAGUUUUGUUGCUGUCAAAAAUUUCCAAUACUUUUAAAGCUCGUAUUCCAAUUGUCAAUACUUAAUUCACUUUUUUCAGAUUUUCUUCAUCAACUGGAACAGCUAGUCGAGUAUCAUACGGGACAAAAAAGUAUCAACAAGCAAGAAAACGUGGCCAAAUGACUUAA